AUGGAUGACGCCCCAGAGGGUGGGGGUGGUGUGGGUACUAAUCAGACAGGCAGAUCAUCAUCUGCUGUGACCAUGAAGAAUGAGGAGCCCCUUACUGAGGGACAGCAGGGCUUCAGCACCUGCCAUACACAGGAUUUCUGCAUAGACAGUAAUGAAUGCACAGCGCUCCCGAGGAUUGCACAUUAGUAAUCACCUGUGAUGAGACGUCACAACCCGGAACAGUAGGCCUAGGUGAAAUCGAAAGGAAUUCGGUCUCACCUGCGCGUCCGUGGCUGUGCCGAUUCCAAGUUGUGUUAGGAUGGAUGACCCAGAUGGCGGGGGUGGUGUGGGUACUAAUCAGACAGGCAGAUCAUCAUCUGCUGUGACCAUGAAGAAUGAGGAGCCCCUUACUGAGGGACAGCAGGGCUUCAGCACCUACCGUACACAACCAGAGAAGCCCAGACCAGUGUCUCCAGUGCCCAGCUGUGUAUCCAUGAAGAGUGACCAGUCUAUGGUGCAGCCCCUACAAUUCAGCAGCAGAUUCCUACAGUCUGAUACAAGACCAGAGAAACCCAGGCCAUUGUCUCCAGUGCCCAGCUGUGUUUCCAUGAAGAGUGACCAGUCUAUGGUGCAGCCCCUACAAUUCAGCAGUGGAUUCCCACAGUCUGACCCAAGACCAGAGAAACCCAGGCCAUUGUCUCCAGUGCCCAGCUGUGUUUCCAUGAAGAGUGACCAGUCUAUGGUGCAGCCCCUACAAUUCAGCAGUGGAUUCCCACAGUCUGACCCAAGACCAGAGAAACCCAGGCCAGUGUAUCCAGUGCCCAGCUGUGUAUCCAUGAAGAGUGACCAGUCUAUGGUGCAGCCCCUACAAUUCAGCAGAGCUCCCCCACAGUCUGACCCAAGGAACAGUCUAACCCAGUAUCAGUCCAGGUGUGGUGUGUGUGGUCUGAAGCUACUGAGUUCCCCAAUCAUCACCACCUGUGGACACAGUUUCUGCAGGCAGUGUAUCAGCAGCUACUGCAGCCAGUCUGGUCCAUCAGGAGACUACAGCUGUCCCCAGUGCAGGACAACAUGCAGAGCACAACCUGUUAUUAACCCUGACACAACCAUGGCACAAACUCUUCUGCAUUCACAUGGGCCUAUAGCACAAACUCCUCCAUACACAAGCGUUUUGCAACCCAAUGUAUACCCCUCUGAGUAUAUUGUACCACCUAACCUAAGCCUCUCUGGAGCCGCUGUACGACCUACUGUAAACCCAUCUGCAACCAUGGCACAACCUACUGUAAAUCGUAAUGAAAUCAUAACACAACCUUCUGCAAGCCUUUCUGCAUCCAUGACACAACAUGCGCUAUACCAUUCUGCAACCAUGACACAACCCACUGAAAACCCAUCUGCAACCAUGCGAGAUCCUUCCCUUUACCACCACAAUAAAAUGCUGGAACUUCAUCUCUUCAGACCUCCAUCAUUGCUGCACGGGUCUCCAUACCAACAUGCAUACCUGCAGCAUCCUCUAUACUCAGAGAUAGGACAGGAUCGUCUAAAUCCACAUUUGCCAGCGGCACAGUCCUCUCUAAAGCCUCCUGAUGUCAUUGCACAAUAUCCUCCAUACUCAAACACAGAUAUGAGGCAGGAUCCUCUACAUCCUCACAAGAGUACGGCGCAGCCCUCUUUACAGCCCUCUGAAGGCAUUGCACAAUAUCCUCUAUACCCAACCUCAGAGCUGGGGAAGGGUCCUGUAAAUCCACACAAGUGCACAGCACAGCCUUCUUCACAGCCUCCUUUAGGUCAGCACCCAGCAGACAGCAACCACAUCCUGACUGACCAUGUUCCAGCUAAAAGGGCAAGACUAGCAGGAAACUGUGACCUGAAUAGUGUACUGAUGAGCCAUAAAGUCAAAAUGAAGAAGAGGUUUGAGAGUAUAUCUGAAGGCAUCAUAAGGCCAGGAGCCCAAACACUCCUGAACAAGAUCUACACAGAGCUCUACAUCACUGAGGGAGAAAGUGAAGACGUGAAUAACGAACAUGAAGUUUGGCAGGUUGAAGCUGCAUCUCGACCACAAACUACAGAUGACACAGCCAUCAACUGCAAUGACAUCUUCAAGCCCUUACCUGGACAGCAGGGACACAUAAGAACUGUCAUGACAAAGGGGAUAGCUGGCAUCGGAAAAACAGUUUCAGUACAGAAGUUCAUCCUUGACUGGGCAGAAGACAAUGCUAAUCAGGAUGUGGAUUUCAUGUUUGUGCUUCCAUUCCGAGAGCUGAAUUUAGUCAAAGAUGCCCAAUACAGUCUUCACAGGCUCCUGCUUGACUUUCACCCUGAGCUUAGUGUAUUGGACAAUAGUGAGUACAAAGAUUGCAACAUCAUAUUCAUCUUUGAUGGUCUGGAUGAGAGUCGACUUCAACUGGAUUUUCAAAAGAACGAGAAGGUUUCAGAUGCAACACAGUUGUCACCCAUGAAUGUGCUGAUGACGAGUCUCAUUCAAGGAGCCUUGCUUCCCUCUGCUCGAAUCUGGAUAACCUCCAGACCAGCCGCAGCCAAUCAGAUCCCAUCCCAGUUUGUCAAUCUGGUGACAGAAGUACGAGGGUUCAGUGAUUCACAGAAAGAAGAGUACUUCAGGAAGAGAAUCAGUGAUCACAGUCUAGCCGACAGACUCAUCACACACAUUAAAGCAUCUAGAAGUCUCUUCAUUAUGUGCCACAUGCCAGUCUUCUGUUGGAUCGCUGCCACUGUCCUUCAGCAGAUACUGGAAGAAGGAGAUGGGAGGGAAGCCCCUAAAACUCUGACAGAAAUGUUCAUACACUUCCUGCUCAUCCAGACCACCAGGAAGCAACAGAAGUAUCAAGAUGAAACUGAAGCAAACAGGCAGAGGCUUCUAGAGUCCCACAAGAGUGUCAUUCUGAAACUGGCGGAGCUGGCAUUCACACACCUGGAGAAUGGCAAUCUUAUGUUCUAUGAAGAAGACCUGAGACAGUGUGGUAUUGAUGUCAGUGAAGCAUCAGUGUACUCUGGCAUGUGCACUGAGAUCUUCAGGGAAGAAUGUGUAUUUGAACACCAGAAGGUCUACUGCUUUGUCCAUUUGAGCAUCCAAGAGUUUCUCGCUGCUCUGCAUGUGUUUGCGUCUUAUCUUAAUAAGAAUGUGAAGGUCUUGGCACAGUUUGUAAAAAGAAAUGCCAGCAUAACAACAUUGCCUCUUGAUGAGUUGUUGAAGAGUGCAGUGAACAAAGCUUUGGAAAGCAAGAAUGGACACCUUGAUUUGUUUGUUCGUUUCCUUCAUGGCAUUUCCCUGAUGUCAAAUCAUGGACUCAUGCUUGGCCUCCUGGCACACACGCACAGCAGCCCAGAGAGUGUGAAGAAAACAAUCAAGAACCUGAAGGUGAUGCAGAGACAAAACAUCUCCCCAGAGAGGUGCAUCAAUCUGUUCCACUGUCUGGUUGAAAUGCACGACACAUCUGUCCAUGAUGAAAUACAGGCUUAUCUCAAAGCAGAGAAGGGAUCAGUCAAACAACUUUCACUGGCUCACUGCUCUGCCCUGGCACAUGUGCUUCUGAUGUCUGACGAAGUGAUAGAUGAGUUUUGUCUGAAGAAAUACAAAACCUCUGCAGAGGGUCGCAGGAGACUGGUUCCAGUCCUACGAUGCUGUAGAAAGGCUCUGCUAGAUGACUGUAAACUGACAGAGGCAUCUUGUGAGACUGUGGCCUCAGCUCUACAGUCUCCAAACUCCCCCUUAAGAGAGUUGGACCUGAGUCUCAGUGACCUCCAGAAGUCAGGACUGAAGUUGUUGUCUGCUCUUCAAAGCCCACAUUGCAAACUGGAAACGCUGAGACUAGUUGGCUGUCAGCUGUCGGAUGAAUCCUACAAAGCUCUGUCCUCCUCCCUGCAGUCCUGUGUCUCCCUGACAGAGCUGGAUAUGGCUGAAAAUAACAUGAGUGUGCAUGGAGUCCAGCUUCUAUAUACAGCAUUACACCACACAAACUGCAAACUGCAGACAUUAAGGAUCUCCCCUAAGUAUAUCUCAAGUGAUGGUUGUGUUUGGCUGGCUUUCACUCUGAUGUCAAACCCCUCCGCUGCAACAAGACUGGAUUUGGACAACAGCCCCCCUACAAACUCAGCACAGGAGUUAUUACUUGCCUCAUGGAGGAGUCCUGCAAAUGGGGUUAAAAGUCUUCAACUACCUGGUUGUGAACUCACCGAUAAAUCCUGUGAGGUUGUUGCCAAAACUCUACUAUCAGCAAACCCCCUGCUCGAGCUAGACCUGAGUAAAAACGCCUUGGGAGAUUCUGGAGCUAGGACUCUCUGUAAUGGGCUUUCUAGUCCUCACUGUAAGCUGCAGAUAUUAAGACUUGCUCAUUGUAAUCUCACAGAGAACGCCUGUAAGGUUGCAGCUUCUGCAUUGCAGUCCUUGGUGUCCCUGAUAGAACUGGACCUGAGUGGUGGUGACCUGAAGGAUUCUGGAGUGCAGCUUCUGUCUCCCGGUCUACAUACACCCCAGUGUAAACUAAGGGUAUUAAGACUUGCUGGCUGUAACCUGACUGAUGAAUCCUACAAAGCUCUGGCCUCUGCCCUGCAGUCCUGUGUCUCCCUGACAGAGCUGGAUCUGGCUGAUAAUAACAUGAGUGUGUAUGGAGUCCAGCUUCUUUAUACAGCAUUACAACACACCAACUGCAAACUGCAGACAUUAAGGAUCUCCCCUAACUAUAUCUCAAGUGAUGGUUGUGUUUGGCUGGCUGUCACUCUGAUGUCAAACCCCUCUGCUGCAACAAGGCUGGAUUUGGACAACAAUCCCCCUAAAAGCCCAGCACAGGAGCUGUUACUUUCCUCAUGGAGGAAUCCUGAACAUGAGGUUAAAAGCCUUCGACUUGCUGGCUGUAACCUGACUGAUGAAUCCUACAAAGUUCUGGCCUCUGCCCUGCAGUCCUGUGUCUCCCUGACAGAGCUGGAUCUGGCUGAUAAUAACAUGAGUGUGUAUGGAGUCCAGCUUCUUUAUACAGCAUUACAACACACCAACUGCAAACUGCAGACAUUAAGACUAUCUGGUUGUCAGCUCACUGAUAAAUCCUGUGAAGCUUUGGCCAAUGCUCUGCAAUCACCAAACACCCUCCUGGAGAUGGACCUGAGUAAAAAUGAGCUGGGGGAUUUAGGACUUGAAUUCAUCUGUAAGGGCCUGUCUUCUUGGUGAAAUGACACAUUUUGUUAUCCUUGUAGACUUGCUGGCUGUAACCUGACUGAUGAAUCCUGCAAAGCUCUGGCCUCUGCCCUGCAGUCCUGUGUCUCCCUGACAGAGCUGGAUCUGGCUGAUAAUAACAUGAGUGUGUAUGGAGUCCAGCUUCUUUAUACAGCAUUACAACACACCAACUGCAAACUGCAGACAUUAAGACUAUCUGGUUGUCAGCUCACUGAUAAAUCCUGUGAAGCUUUGGCCAAUGCUAUGCAAUCACCAAACACCCUGCUGGAGAUGGACCUGAGUAAAAAUGACCUGGGGGAUUUAGGACUUGAAUUCAUCUGUAAGGGCCUGUCUAGUCCUCACUGCAACCUGCAGAUAUUAAGAUUAUCUGGUUGUCAGAUCUCACCCAAGGGUUGUUCUUUCCUGGCGUCUGCCCUCGAAUCAAACCCCUGCUAUCUAAAAGAGCUUGAUCUUACCUACAAUCACCCAGGAGACUCAGGUGUCAGGGAACUCUCAGACAGACUGAAUGAACCUAACUGUAAACUAGAGAAUCUCAGACUUGCUGGCUGUAACCUGACUGAUGAAUCCUACAAAGCCCUGGCCUCUGCCCUGCAGUCCUGUGUCUCCCUGACAGAGCUGGAUCUGGCUGAUAAUAACAUGAGUGUGUAUGGAGUCCAGGUUCUAUGUACAGCAUUACAACACACCAAUUGCAAACUGCAGACAUUAAGGAUCUCCCCUAACUAUAUCUCAAGUGAUGGUUGUGUUUGGCUGGCUGUCACUCUGAUGUCAAACCCCUCUGCUGCAACAAGGCUGGAUUUGGACAACAAUCCCCCUAAAAGCCCAGCACAGGAGCUGUUACUUUCCUCAUGGAGGAAUCCUGAACAUGAGGUUAAAAGCCUUCGACUAUCUGGUUGUCAGCUCACUGAUAAAUCCUGUGAAGCUUUGGCCAAUGCUAUGCAAUCACCAAACACCCUGCUGGAGAUGGACCUGAGUAAAAAUGACCUGGGGGAUUUAGGACUUGAAUUCAUCUGUAAGGGCCUGUCUAGUCCUCACUGCAACCUGCAGAUAUUAAGAUUAUCUGGUUGUCAGAUCUCACCCAAGGGUUGUUCUUUCCUGGCGUCUGCCCUCAAAUCAAACCCCUUCUAUCUAAAAGAGCUUGAUCUUACCUACAAUCACCCAGGAGACUCAGGUGUCAGGGAACUCUCAGACAGACUGAAUGAACCUAACUGUAAACUAGAGAAUCUCAGGUUUGAUCAUGGAGGAGAAUGUAGAAUGAAACCAGGACCCAGAAAAUAUGCCUGUGAGCUGACACUGGACCCCAACACAGCAAACAGCUGGCUCUCUCUCUCUGAGGGGAACAGGAAGGUGACAUGGGGGGGGCAGCAGCAGUAUCCUGACCACCCAGACAGAUUUGACUCCCUUGCUCAGGUGCUGUGUAGAGAGGGUCUGUCUGGACGCUGCUACUGGGAGGCUGAGUGGAGUGGUGAUGGGCCUGAUAUAGCAGUGGCAUAUAAAAGCAUCCAGAGGAAAGGAGGGGGGGCUGAGAGUGUGUUUGGAGGGAAUGACAAGUCCUGGAGUCUGGACUGCAGUAGUAACAGUUACACUGCCUAUCACAAUAAUAAGAGUACUGCCAUACCCGCCCCCUCCCCCCACUCCAGCAGAGUAGGAGUGUACCUGGACUGGCCAGCAGGCACUCUGUCCUUCUACAGCGUCUCCUCUGACACACUCACCCACCUGCACACGUUCCACUCCACAUUCACUCAGCCCCUCUAUCCUGGGUUUGGGUUUGGGUUUGGGGUUUAUCCUGGCUGUUCAGUGUCCCUGUGCCAGAUCACAUGA